AUGGAGUACUACGCCUACCGGAAUGAGAUUCUAAAGCAGCGAGAGGCGCUUAUCGAGCGCGAAAACGUCAACCAAAACAUGCGCCAUGCCCUUCAUUCGCAGCGACUCUCGUUUGCAAGCACCUUGUCCAUGGUCACGCAAUUCUUCCGUGACAACUCAACAGAGCCUUUUGAUCUACCGGCACGCCUGAGCAAGGAUCCAUUCGCGCGCCAGGCCGAACUGUUGAAGAUGAAGAACGACCGGCUGCAGGUUGGUCAUCAUUUCAUGCAGCAGAGACACCAGCACUACAUGUCCACGGCGGAAUUCUGCGACCGUAAGAAGUACGAAGCAACGAACGGCGACCUCGUGUCAACCCGCUUCGAGAUCACGCCGCUGCCGGGGGGGCGCAGUGUCAAGGCGAUCAUAGACGCGCUCCAGUUCUUCGUCUACAAUAUCGAGAUCAGCCUCUCCGAGGUGGUAGGAGACAUCACGGUGCGCGAGAAUGACGACGCCAUCCCAGGAAGUCCCGUGGCACAACACCGUCUUGUAGCUACAGUCGGCGAUAUGGUACAGACAGACACAAACAACGUCGCCUUUGCGGAGUACCGCCCCGCGGGUCCACCCGGAAGUGGCGAGCCCGAGUUUGGAUUUAUGAUCUGCGAUGCGGUGGACGAAGACGAACUGUUCCCGUAUCGCCCAGAGACCCGUGUGAGGCAGGAUAUGACGCAGAUCACGAUGGUCGCAAUGGACCAGUCCGAGGAAGGGGAGCCCAUGGUGGUUAUCACUCGCUGGUGGUGCUUGCGGAUCCGUAAAUCCGACAUUUACAUGCCGCCGUUCGUGGUGGAGCGAAUCCGGAAUGGCGUCGAGAAGGUCGGGGAGGCCAUGCUGGCGACAGCAAGACGUGCUGCGGCUACUGGUAGCACAUCCAUGUAA